ACAUCCCCAUUUUCCUCAGAAAUAUAAUUAAUAUUUGGUACAUCUAUAUACUCGAUGCUUUUUAGUCAAUGGGGAGAAAGGGUGGCUAAAUGGAUAUACUUUGUUGGAAGUCGAAAGUGGUAAUUGUGGGAGGACAUAUGGGUAUGCUGCUCGUUGCAAAGAUCAGAGUUACCAAAAGUCAUUUCACGCUAAAGUACAAACUCACUCAAAAAAAACACGACCUCGAGGCCAGAAAAAUUUUCCAAAUCACAAAGCGGGCAGACCAAAAAUGAAAGAAAACGCGGAUUCUUGUCAGUCUCUACUGUCCUUCGGCAGACAAGGAGAACAACAUAGUGAUACUUCAUCUAGCAGCACUGCGCCAGUCUCUCGCAAUGUCACAGAUAAGGAAACUGAAAGCUCUCUAUUUCUAGCCGUGUUUGAUACAGAUAGCCAUGAAGCCCAAGCUGCUUCAAGGGGGUACACCAGUACGGUGACGAGUGGUUAUAUCCAUCCAGCACUUUCUUUGACAGAAAUGGCUUUAGCAUCUGCGCCUACUGAAGAUAUGGACGAAUUUGGGGAUGAGAUGGAAGACUCUGAAGACAGUAGUGAUGACGAAGACAACGAUGAUGUAGUUGAAAAUAGCGAUCGCAAUGGUAUGCGAAAUGCAUAUAGCAAUCCAAAAAAAAACCGAGAUUUAAAAGAUGAUGUACUAGACAAAUACUUCGAACAGCUGCAAGCACGGAUUGUAGCUCAAAAGUACACUGAAGGAUACGAAAGGAGAACGUUCUGGGUGUUGUCGCCUGAUCCGUUCUUUGCUCUAAUCAAAAAGCUCAAGCCCCAGGCGCUGUAAUAUCCUCGUAUAUUCCUUUGGAUGCUGCAUAUCUUGCUUAAG